UGUAGUGCGCCAAGGGAGCCAGGGCCAGUGCAUCAUCCCCCCUCCUCCUCCUCCUUCCUCCUCCUCCUCCAGAUCGCAAGGCCAGGAUGAACUUGUCGGGAACCUAAAAAAGAAAAGGAGGAGGAAGGCAAGGAAGGAAGGAAGGAAGGAAGGAAAGGAGGGAGGGAGGGAGGCAAGGCAAGGCAAGGUCUUUCUUCCUUUCUUCUCUGCUGCUGCUGCUGCCGCUGCUGCCUUUGGGAAGCCUUGUCUCCGGCUGCUGGGUUUCGAGCCAAGGCAGGCAACCCUGGAUGUUACAAGCUGGUGGAUCGCCAGUCCAAGAUGCUUCUGGUUUCCCCGAGGGUAGAAGCACCACGCAUGGAGCCCCAUCUGCCAUUACAGGGAUCCAUUAAGCGAAAGCUGGAAGAUGACAGUUCCCUAGCCGCCAAUGCCAUGCAUGAUGCCAUCUUCCCAAGCGACAAUAAGAGACUUUGUCUUGAUGAUGUCACUCUUUCUAUGGGACAAGGGACCAAUCCUGUUUCAUGCGCAGAUAUGCAGCACUCUCCAUUUUCUACCAAUCAUGGUGCAUCUUCCAUGGGAGUGGCAGGGCAUGGAAUGCUCCUUGAAAAUAAUCACAUGAAUGGCAGUGCCAUGGGAUCGCCAUUUUCAGUACCACCUAACACUGAAGUAGCACAGAAGGGACCUGUAGGUGGCCAUUAUGAUGAGAAAGGAAGCAACAUACAUUCUGUGGACCAGGAGCUGCAAGAUCUGUUGGAAGAGCUGACAAAAAUGCCUGAUCCAUCGCCCAAUGAGUUGGACCUUGAAAAAAUCUUGGGAAGCAAAACUGAGGAACCCCUUGGCAGUCUUGGCCACCCACAACCAACAAUAAACAGCACUUCAAAGUCUUCUCCCCAGACCCCACACAUGGAUAACCACAUGCCUAACAAAGACUUUUCUCCAGGGUGCAAUCCUACCAGUGGUGGCUCACCUCAAAUGAGACCUUCUUCAGCUGGAGCAAACUAUCCAGUUCCAUCCCAAAAUAAAACUGUUGCUUCGCCCAUUUCUUCAAACGCCCCAAACAAGAGCCAAGCUCAGUCUAUGCUCCCUGUACCUUUGCCCAACAUGACGGGCCCUAAUUGGCAUGCACAGCAGCUAAAACACUUGGCAGCAAGCAAACAAGUCCCAACGACCAAACACCAAGGUCCUAGUUGGCCGACCAUAUCUUCACAAGGCCUCUCUCCUCCAUACCGGCAAGGAUCUUCCCCUCACCACCAGCCCUUCAGCCCCCAAAACAUCCUGGUGUCCAGUAUGAGCAACAACAGCUUAUCAGGAAGCAACAUUCAAAGUCCUCAGAACUCCUUGCUCUCAAGCAUAACAUCCAACAGCAAUCCGUCCAGUGGCCCAUCUCCUCCUUUUGGGUCUGAAAAACUUUCCAGUCCAGUUCUCAACCAGCAGCCAUUCAGCCCUCCAAAUCCCAUCCUUCCCAACAUCUCUGCUGCCAACAUUCCAAACAAAAGUCCACAAAACAACCUGGUGUCUACAAAUACUGGGCCUUCUCCACCCUACCGCCCAGAGAAACUUUCAAGCCCUGCUCUGCAUCAGCAGCCCUUUAGCCCUCAGAAUACUUUAAUUCCAAACAUCACUCCCACCAGUAACCCAACAAGCAUGCAGAACUCUCUUUUCAAAUCUGUGUCGGCAACCCAGUCCAAAAACAUGAACAUGAUCAUGCAGCAGUCCUCCAACAGCAUGCAGCCAAGCUUGGUGAACGAAGGCCCUGUUGCUCAAGACCAGUUUUCUUUCAAUAACACCAAGCCACUGUCCCAUUUCAGCUCUGACCCUACAGCUCCUCAGAAGAUGUCACCUAUGGCUACAAGCUCUGGGCAGCAAUCACUCAUUCACUAUCUCCAGCAACAGCAACAACAGCAAGCUGCAACUUCACAGCAGUCCCAGCAAGUUAACAACAGUCAGUUCAUUCAGCAGCAGCUGCGACAGCUGAUGCAACCAUCUCGAAUGCAACGGCAUGUGCAGCCUUCUCCAUUGCCAUCACCCGCUCGGCAGGACCAAACACCUGGGAUUGUUACUCGACUUCAGGAACCGGGAGCUGUUCCAAGUGCAGGUGCAGUGCCUGCUCCAUCCACAACCAUGGUGAAUGGUUAUACCAUGAGGAACCAUUUACUAAAGCAACAGAUAAUGAGACGGCAGCAGCAGCAGCAGCAGCUACAGGAAAAGCAAAGGCACGGCAUGAUAGGUGUGGCCUCGGAGCAGCGGGGCCCUUUUGUACGCCAGCAGAUGAAUCAAUUUCCCGCUGUUUCCCAGCCAAUGCCAACUGACUGCACCCCUUCCUUGCAGACGCCUCCCCCAAACCACCGCAUGAUGCCAUCUGCCCAGGGCAUCUUGCAGAAUGCCUUGGGCUCCGGGAUCAAUUCAGCCGCUGUGAACCAGAACAGCGGGCCGAUGGUGAUGAUUCCUCACAACCCCAGCAAACAGCCAGGAAUGUUUCCCUCCAAUUCGGAUUUCAGCCUCCCACUCCGGCCGAGCCAAAACUCUCUUGGUAUGAAUUCAGUAUGCCAGACAGUCCACAGCCAUCCUGCGGCCCGGCCAGGAUUGGCAUUGUCCGGCUUUGCUGCUGAUUCCUUAGUGAGUCAUUCUUCUGCCCCGCAACACUUGAGACAGCCAACGAUGCCAAGAAUUCCUAGUGUCUACUCGAGCUCUUCUACUCAGAUGUGGACGCCGACGGGAGUCCCUAGGAUGCCAAAUCAAACUCAGAUGGAUGCCAACAUGCAGCAGUUCUCCAAUAACCCUCUCUUCCCAAAACAGAAUGCAAGGCCCACUAUCCCCGGUCAACCAUUUUCCCAUCAGCCUGUGGUACCACCCAACCAGAUCGCUCCUGGAGUCCAGGCCAGACAGAUGCAAAAGAUAAACCUUGGGCAGUCUGGCCAAAACCUGGGCCCUCUGAAUAAUCAGAACCUGAGACACAAUUUGACCCGAGGCCCGUUGCCAGCUGUGCUGAAUGUCAUGAAAUCAGUGCCGCAAGGCGUGUCUGGUUUUAAUCCGCUCAAUCCCACUCAAGCAGUUGGGCUGCCGAAUUAUCCUGGCUCUAGUGGACAGUCAUCGGGAACGUUCAACAGAAUGGGUGCUGCCUCUGAGCUGCCACCCCAAUAUGACUUCGUAGCCCAGCAAAACAAUUCCAUUUUGCCCGGGAACUGCAGUGAAGCUGACUUUCUUGACUCCCUUAUGAAGAAUAGCGGCAGCGGCAGCACUGAUGAAGACUGGCUUAAUAAUUUGACAAUGAUCGAUGACAUUUUGGGGCAGCACGUCCAGAGCUCUGGACAUGUGUAAUUCCUGAAGGAAGCAGUUGGAUAUGUAAAUAAUUUGUCUACAACUUUGAAUGAAAAAAAAAGAUACACACAAAAGCCCUCUUCUUCUUUCAGUGUCAAAAAAUGAAUGAACACGCCCGACUAACUCUUCUCCUUCUUCCCAUGUUUUCCAAACGGCUGUGUAUAUAUUUGAAUAUUUUGUAAAUUAUGUUUUCCUAAACAUUAAAUAUGGAAGUAUUUAUACUUCUUUGAUGGACUCUUUGUAAAUAACCUAUAGACUACUCCACUCUUGUUUUCUUAUGUUAUAGGAACUGAUUUACACCUUGUUCUAAAUAUGCAAAUAUUAUUGCUAGUUUCGGUAAUACUGUGUAUUACAGCAUCAAAUAUUUUUAUGUUUUUGACAUAACAUAUGAACUAGGGAUGUCCUGGCAAACAGAGUAAACAGGAAGCGAGGCUUGUAAUAUUUCUUAUCUCUUCCAGUGACAAUGUUAAUAUUAUAGAUAAACAGAAUUAAAAAUCCAUUUUGAUCUGGCCAACAAGAGCGGUUACCCACCAGGCCCAGAAAUGCACCCAAGCAAAUGGCUUGAUAAAGUAGCCCAUUGAGGCAGGCUCCUGUUUGAGGCUGUAGGCGCCAACUACUUUUUACAACAGGAGUAAGCAAAGACUGUCUUUGGAUCUGACCCAAGAUCCUUCUUUUCUUGAUCAGGAAAGGGAUUGAAUUGCUCCUCCUGAAAGCCGAUUUACCAUUUUAAUCGCUUGCAGGGGACCCCUUGUCCUCUUUAAUAUCAACUAAUAGCCUUUUUUCAAGAUCAGUAGUGGAUCACUAGCCACCUCUGGGUUUUUUGUUUUUGUCCAUUGCAGGGCAUUUUUGGCAGUCCAUGUGUGCCCCUCUUACAGAGGGCCCCAAGACAAAAUAAUGGACC